CACACGGUGGCGUCACUAUUGCCAACAUUCAUCUAUUUUAAUUCUCAUCAUUGUUGGAAUAUUUUAAUUAAAUAAUAGUUUUUUUGCAAAAUUGUAGGCAUGUCGGGUGAGGACGCUAUCAGCAAAUCGGAUUUUUUCCUCAAAGACAUUCCGAAUGUUAAAAUUGGUAAUGUUUCCAAAGCCCCUAAGAAAAAUGUGGUCAAGGAACAACUUCAAUUUCUUCACUUCAACGAGGAAAUGCAGGAAGAAAUUAUGGAAACUUUAAAGUUUAUUCACGGACCGGAUUUCGUUCUGAAAAAUGCCUCUGAUUAUAAGGAUGUUAAGGCUAAUUUAGGCAAAAAGUAUUGGCUGGGCCAGAGCAACUUGAUAAUUAAGGGGGCUUGCGAUUUUUCAAAAAUAGAGGAUGAGACCUAUGAAGAAGGCCGGCUUAAACAGUUCGCUCUGAUGCGAUUAGAAAGUUAUGGCUUCCAUCAAAAUCACUGUAUUGAGGCAUUGAAAUAUUGUGAAGGCAAUGUUGAGGAUGCUCUCUAUGUCCUUUACAAUAAAUAUUUUAAUUCAGGUGAACUCAAAAUUGCGGAUAUUGACUUAUCUGAAAACGAAUUAUUAGAACAGAGAACGGACGAAAAGAGCUCUUUGGAAUCAAUUUAUGACAAAACUUUUCAAGAAAAAGUGCAAAACAUGGUUUGGAUUCUCACUCUAAAACUUGAUUAUUUAAUUAAAAUAUUUCACAAUAAAAACAGUGCGAAAAAAACGACAAAAACCGUACAAAAUACAGCCAAGAAAAAAGAAAAAUGUCGAAACUUUAUAGCAGGAAAUUGUAAAUGGGGCGACAGGUGUCGCUUUUUGCACGAAAAAGAAGUGAUAGAAAAGGAUCCUAAUGCCCAUUUGACUGAUUUUAUUUUUGAAUUAGAGGUACGUUUUCCCUUUAACACGAAAUAUCCGUAUGAACCCCCUUUAAUUCUCCUGAAAACUAAUGCAGUCUUGCCACCGUUGAUGAAUUUGCAUAUUUGUAAAAGACUGUACGAGGAGGCUAAAAUUUUGGCCGAGGAUGGUAUUCCAUCGGUGUACACAAUAACAGAACUGCUAGUAAAUGAGGAAGAAAUGAAAAGUUAUGUUGAGACAACGGAAAUCGAUUUUAUAGCUCCUAAUGUGCCUUUGUUUCGCGACAAAAAAGAAAGUGUUCCAAAAAAGAAACGUCCCAGUCAUUACAUUAAAGGUAUAACCAAUCGUGAUAACCAAAAAACUUUAACUCCGGAAGAAAUUCGGGAAGUUGAUGAAAAAAUUGUCGCCAAAUUUAAGUCUCUAGUCAAGGAUAAAAAAUAUUUGGACAUGCUGCAAUAUCGGAAAAAGUUGCCCGCUUGGGGGCUCAUGAAUGAUAUUUUGAAUACCAUUCAACAGUCUCAAAUCGUGGUCAUUAGUGGAGAGACUGGGUGUGGGAAAAGUACCCAAGUCCCUCAAUACAUACUCGACGAUUGGUUGGUAAAUUACCCAAAUGAUAGAAAACACGUCGAGAUUGUUUGCACCCAACCGCGCCGUAUUUCGGCCAUUAGUGUCGCUGAAAGAGUAGCCGAGGAGCGGGUGGCAAAAAUUGGCAACACUGUCGGUUAUCAAAUUCGGUUAGAAUCUAAAGUUUCGGUUAACACUCGCCUUACUUUUUGCACAACUGGAAUUCUCCUCCGCCGACUCGAAAGCGAACCAACUUUACCUCAAGUCACUCACAUUAUCGUCGACGAGGUGCACGAAAGGUCCGAACAAAGCGACUUUCUGUUACUAAUCCUUAAACAGAUAUUACCUUUUCGACCCGACUUGAAAAUCAUCCUCAUGAGUGCCACCCUCAACGCUCAAUUGUUUUCGGACUAUUUCGGGGAAGUCCCAAUUUUGACAAUUCCGGGUCGGACAUUCCCUGUCGAACAGUAUUUCCUUGAAACAAUUUUCGAAAAAACCGGUUACGUUCUCGAGGACGGUUCAGAGUAUGCCAGGAAAAUAAAAGACGCCGAAUUUAUCGAAAACGAGCUAAGAUUGUUGAACGCUGGUCGGCAUAUGACUCCCAAUGAUAAUCUCCGAGACGAGAAUUUGAAAUUUGCGCAAUUGUUGUGUCGGUACAAAGAGUGCAGUUUUCGGACUUGUAAAAAUUUACUUCUGAUGGAUCCGGAAGUUGUCAAUAAUGAAUUGAUCGAGACGAUUUUGAUGUGGAUCGUUUCCGGAGAACACAAUUAUCCGAGAAAGGGGACCAUUUUGGUGUUUUUGCCCGGAAUUGCCGAAAUUACGAACUUGUAUGAUCAGUUGGCUGUGCAUCCGGAGUUUGGGACCCGGAGUCAGAAAUAUUUAGUUUUGCCGCUGCAUUCGUCGCUUAGUAGUGAGGAGCAAGCCAUGAUUUUUAUGAAGCCCAAAAACCUCCGCAAAAUCAUAUUGUCGACCAACAUCGCCGAGACUUCGGUCACCAUCGACGACUGUGUCUUUGUGAUCGAUUCGGGUCGAAUGCGUGAAAAACACUUUGACCCGAACCGAAAUAUGGAGAGUCUCGAGACUGUGUGGGUGACCCGCGCUAAUGCACUGCAACGCAAGGGUCGAGCAGGCCGUGUGAUGGCCGGCGUUUGUUUUCACCUCUACACUAGUAACCGAUUUCGCCACCAGAUGCUCGCUCAACCUAUCCCUGAAAUUCACAGAAUUCCCCUUGAACAACUCAUCCUUAACAUUAAAAUCUUGCAAAAUUUUGAAGAUUGUGACGUUUGUGACGUCAUCGAUGGUUUAAUUGAGCCGCCUUUGAAAGAACACGUGGAGACAGCGAUUGUUCGUCUGCAAGAUGUUGGAGCUUUAGACACUGAGAAACAAUUGACUCCGCUGGGGCACCACUUAGCCGCCUUGCCUGUGGAUGUGAGAAUUGGGAAAUUGUUACUAUACGGAGCUAUAUUUUCCUGCGUGGACUCGGCUUUAACUAUGGCGGCGUGUUUGAGUAAUAAAAGUCCAUUCGUGACUCCGUUUCGUAAAAGAGACGAGGCAAAUGAGAAGAAGAAAAAAUUUGCUGUGGGGUAUAGUGACCACAUUACGGUUCUGAUGGCUUACAAAAAGUGGCAAAGUGUGUACAAGAAGAGUAGUCUAGCUGGGAGAAAUUUUGCAAACGAGAAUUUUCUUUCACAGAAGACUCUUGUAACAAUCGCUGAUAUUAAACACCAAUUUUUAGAGUAUUUGGUCGAUAUUGGUUUCAUUGCUGCGAAUUUAAACGGAAAAAGACGCUCAGGAGACGAUGAUGUGUUAGCAAUCACCGGAAACGAGUUUAACAGGAACGGUGAAAAUUUCAAUGUCCUAGCGGCAAUUUUAUGUGCGGCCCUUUACCCGAACGUGAUAAAAGUCUUAACUCCGCCCAAAUCGUUUGUAAAGACCGCCGGUGGGGCCAUUCCCAAAGACAACGAAGCGAAAGAUUUCCAAUUCCAGACCGUUAAAGAAACUGUUUUUCUCCACCCCUCAUCAGUGAAUUUUUCGGCGAAGAAUUUUCCAAGUCCUUAUCUUGUUUAUCAGGAGAAGGUUAAAACCAGUAAAGUGUAUUUCAGGGAUUGUACCGUGAUUCCUGUCAUUUCCCUUGUGCUCUUCUCGGGUUUUGAUCUUGAUAUCAGUGUAAAUAACGGUGCUACGUUUAUUUCAUUAGAGCGAGGUUGGAUUAUGUUCCAAGUGGAGGAACACAAGAUCGCAGAAAUGAUUAAGAUGUUGCGAAGCGAGUUGUUCAUGUUGCUGGAAGAGAAAAUCAAAGAUCCGUUACUAAAUAUCUGGCAUCACGAUAAAGGAGAAAGGAUUAUUACGACGAUUUUGAACUUAAUCAACUUGAAAUAGGAUUGAUUUUUUGUCACAUUUUGUAAAGCCCAUUUUUGACUUGCAAGUGUAUUAUCAGUUUUUAUUAUUGUUGUGUUGAAGAGGAAAUAAAAUUUUAUUUUGUUAAA